AUGUCUAUUCCCAUUCGAGCCCUUGGCCGCGACGGCCCCAAAUUUGCUGUCCAGCAGAGCCUUGAAAUGGGCUUUACUGUCCGCUCUGAUCCCGAGUAUGUCAAGCAGGCUUGUGAAAAGAGCCUUCAGAGACUUGGAGUUGAUACUAUUGACCUGUACUACUGCCAUCGGGAGGACGGAGUGACGCCCAUUGAGAAGACUCUUGAAGCCAUGGUGGAGUUGAAGAACCAAGGAAAGAUCCGAUACCUCGGCCUGUCUAAAGUUUCAGCAGCAACUCUCCGUCGAGCCCAUGCGGUCCAUCCUAUUACCGCAUAUCAAGUGGAAUAUAGUGCUUGGGGCAUCGCCAUUGUGGCCUAUAGCCCCGUCGGCUGUGGGAUUUUGACCGGAGAGAUUCAGUCUCCCGCUGAUUUCCCCGAAAAUGACUUCCGUCGUAUGGCGCCCAAGUAUUCAGAGGAGAACUUCCCUCGGAUUUUGGAGCUGGUUCGGGGGUUGAGGAGUGUGGCUCAGACGCAUGAAGGUACGCCUGCGCAGGUUGCAAUUGCGUGGCUGCUGGCUCAGGGGCCCGAUAUCUUUCCUAUCCCGGGAACCAGGUCAACCAAGAGGGUUGAUGAGAACACUUCGUCUUCUCUGCUGCAGCUGACAGAUAAAGAGGUGCGGGAUAUCCGGAACCUGGUGGGGCGAAUGGAGGUCCCUGGCACUCGGUACCCUGCCAUGCUGAUGGGCAAAAUUCUUGCCGAUACGCCACCGCAGUAG